UUCAAGGUUCAUUGGACAAAGAAAAAUCCAUUUGGCGAAAGCGGUUUCUUAUCUUUUUGGAUAGUGUUCUUGUUGAAGAAGAACGGGAGUUACAAGACGAUAAUAGUAACGCGCGACUCGAAAUGGCAACCUUACUUAUUCAACAAGUUUCGCAAUAUUUCACGGGCUUCUCUGCUGAUGCACAGCCUAGGGCGGUGACGGUCCUCCUGCGGGUAUGGGGUGACGUUCCCCGGUGUAGCAUUCAGAAGCACCCACCUGAAGCAACGGAGUUUUGGGAGAAUGCUGAUCUAGAGAAACAGCUGAAGGCCAAAGAGGAUAUUUUCGAUAAGAAAUCGCAAAUAGAAGGAUUGGAUGUGCUCUGCGUUUCUCGUAGUCAGAAAGCUGGCGAGUAUUUUAAUAAAGUUAAAUUACGCCUAAUGAAACAAGCUGAGAUGGCAAGAGAGGAAGAAGCAGGUACAUCAUCUGGACAUAAGCAAGUACGUUUUGAGGAAGAAAAGUCGAAGAAGAGAAAAAGGGGGGAUACUUUACCAAAUGGAACCAAAAUUAAAAAAUCGGCUCCUAUGAACCUAAUACCAUCGGAUGAUGAUGAUUCCUUCCAAGAUGAUGAUGAUUCCUCCCAAGACGAUGACGAUUCCUCCAAAGUAGAUGACUGCGAUCACGAUUAUAAUAGCGAUGAUGAAGAAGAUGUACCUGCUCCGGAAGAAACUCUUGAUUCCAUCCUUAGCAACAAAAAAACCUGGAUUUUGCCCUCUGGGAAAUGUUUUAAUGAUAUUGUUGCUAAGAGAAUAUCCGCGAACGCGAAGGCAAUUAAAAAAAAGAAGAGACUAUCGGCCGUUGAAAAAGCCAUAUUACGCUACGGAGCAUCGCAGAUAAUCGACUUAUCUGCACACAUGAAACAAUGGUUUUUGAUCGAAGAUAGGGAAUUCAUAAUGAAAGAUUAUAAGGCUUUGUUACAAGUUUCCGAAAUGCCAGACGGAGAAUGUUCGUUUAUCAAAAUAGUUGAGGAUAUGGUGCAUAAAGGGAAAGUGGAUGAGGCGUUCAAGUUCUGUACGGAAAAGCAUCUUAGCUCUGAAAAAAACAGCUACAUAUGCAAGAUCAGCAAAAUAUAUGCCGAUUUUAUAUAUAAAAGCCAAGAUCAAGCUGACAUCUUGGAUUACAAUGCAAAGAAUACACACACGGAAAUGGAUGUGAUUUUAAAAGCCUGUGCGUACAUAAUUGAGGGAUUGAACAAGAACCUCGAAAUAUUUCCAAGAUGGGGCGAAUCAUUUUGCCCGUUAAGCAGGAGUAUAGACCACAUCAGGGGCCGUAAAUGUGAUGUGCGUUUUUUAUCGAUGUCGGGAGUUGAUGUUGGGGAAUGGGAAUUUUCUGCAAAAGCUACAGCAUCUAAGGCCAUCGGUGACCGAUGCCGUUCUGCACGAAUAAAUCAAUCGAUCUUAAACGGAUUAUUGGAAUACAAACUUAGUGAUGAACAGGUUAAGAACAUCCGGGUGCCUUUUCUACAAUUCGCCGGUACAAGUGGACAAAUGCUUGUCGAAGAUCUGGUAGAAGAUUUUUAUCUUGUUUUUCCUGGACCUAA